CUUUAAUUUUGCCUCAUUUCUUUUGUUCUAGUCAUAACAUUCGUCUAAUGCUUUUAAUCCAUAAUUACAGCAUAUGCUAUAACAUCUAAUUUUUAUUUUUAUUUUUUUCUGAUCGGAUUCAUACUACUGUAUAUUUAUUAUUUUGUUCUUCCUUUUUUUCGUUACAGUUCCAUCAGAAAUUGAAAAGACAUCACAACUUCCACCAACUGGAUCUAAUCCAGACCUUGUACGAAGUAGUCCAGCUCCAACAUCAACAGCUUUAAAACCUGAAACUGCCUCUGCAAAAAUUGAAAGUCCUUCUAGUAAGCCUUCUGCGGAUAAACCUGGUGCAUCAGACAUAAUGAGUCAAUCUUACACACAAAUUUCAAAAUCGGAUAGUCCGACUCGUAAGAUGAUAAGUGGGAGUAAACUCCCCACUUCUACUACCACUACUACAUCAACACCGCCUAUCCCUACUGGUAUUAAAAUGCCAAUAAAUCCUUCAGAAAUCUCACAAACAACAGCAGCACUUAGUGAUGUAGAAGCGGCUGCGCAGAAGGUGGAUUCUGAAAAUGCACCAAGUGAACUUAGAGAUACGUCUCAAAAAAUACCAGAAACAUCUGUAUCAGCUGUUCCAAGUGGUACUGGUAAGUACAUCCCAGACACAGAGUUGGAACUGGCAAAUCUACGUGCUGAAGUAAUCAAAUUUCGUGAACAAAUUGAUGCUUUAAAAGCUAAACGGGAAGAAGAUAGAAAUAGAAUACAAGAAUUAGAACGUGUUAAAAUUCAGCUUUCACAAGUUGAAGAGAAUCGACGUCGGAUCCGACAACAAGCAGCUGAAUUACAACGUGAAAGUGCUCAAUUAAAAACAGAAAAAGCUGAAGUCAAAGAAGCAUUUGAUCGUUAUCGUGAAGAAGUAUCUGAAAUGGUUGAAAAUAUAGAAAUGAUCACUUUAGAUAAAGAAAUGACCGAAGAAAAACUAGAAAGAUUGACUGGAGAAAUUGAAUUACUUAAGGAACAAGUAGAAGAAUUAACUCUUGAGAAUCAAAUCUUGAAAGAAGAAUUUGAAGAAAAAGGUUAGUAGUAAUGAUUUAAGUUGUUUCAAGGUUAUUUUAAAAUCGUUUCUAUUGUAUAUGUUAUUAUUAUUCAUUAGGGUUCCUAGUGGAACAUAUUGCUUCAGCAACACAUCGAUCGAUAUUUCAUCCUGUCGCCUUCGGCCUGUCGUAGCUGGCCCCACGAUUGCUCAUAACUUUCAUCUCCACUUCACACGGCCUCCUUCAUGUCACUCUCGUGUGCCCAACUCAUCGAUUGUUGUUUGAAUCUCACUCGAGGGUCUGGCACGUGAUGUGUCACUCGAUAGUUUUCUCAGCCUGUGUCCAAUGCGUUUAUGUUUUCCUCUGCAUAUUUGUUGGACGAUAUGAUCUUGGGUGGUUUUUACGUGCCGGAGCUCCUGGUUGCUUGCUUAUCCUUACUUGUCAUUUAAUCUGCAGUAUGGAGCGAACGCAUCUGAAGCCUCUUCGAAAAGUUUCUACUAUAGUUGGGAUAAACUACUGAAAAGGAAAUUGUACUAGUCAAGUGAUUUACACAGCAGUGUUUCCAUUGAUAUCUUAGCUCUUAAAAAUUCUCGUUUAACACCUCACAGAAUGUGAUCUAACCACCCAUCUGAACUUUCUAUAAGAUGCUAUUAACCACGUUAGCUCACAGGUUGCGAAACAAGUCAAUCAACUAAGGUAGAGACACAGGCAUAUCGUGAUAACAAUUUCAUCGUAUUUUAUUAUCAGUCAUUUAUAACUUGGAUAAACAUUUCACUUUUUUUCUUCAGUGUUAUCGGCUUUACUCUAAUCGCAGAACUGUCAACUGACAUUGUGCUCAUUACUUUUCAGGAGCUAUUGUGGUAACUAUCUCCAUACUUGUUGUUCAUGUAUUUUGAGAAGUCAUUUUAUAUACUUCAAGGUAGUAUUUAGGCAUCUACUGAAUGAGUUCAUCAGUCCAGUUGUUAGCGCCAGAUGUCCGGAUUCGCCCUUUCAACCAGGCAGCUUAAAGGUAGUAAACAGGAAUUACGUAAUCAAAGGCUAUAAACGCGUAAGCACAUGAGACGACUUCUAGAGGAAGACUGAAGUCUACCCACCGUCGACCGUACCAGGUCGUUAAUUGUAGCUGUAUACCAAACUGAAGCUGAUCAAUUCGUGUCAGAUUUAUCAGCAGGGAAUCACGUAAAUAAGCUAAUACUGUCAGUGCGUGACAUUACUCAAAACUCAUUUUUCAAUUCUGAGGAUAAAGAUUUACCGACUGGUAAAGAAGAAUAUGUAAAAAUAUAAAAGGUCACCCUGUCCCUUUAUAGAAUAAUUUUAUUUGGGGAGAAAAACAGUGAUGCAACAUUUUUUACUGAUGACGUUUCGACAACAAUUUAUUGCUUACAACUAUAUCAAGGCACUCACAUAACUUUUAAACUUCGUUUAUGUAAUUCUAUUAUUUCUUAUCCAUAUCUCCAGUAUACCAGCGUUACGUUAUUCCUACUUAUGUGUUACCUAUAGAUUAAAUGAAGAAAAAUUCAAUGCUCGAUUUCUCUCCACCUAUUUAUAUUACUUUUUAGAACUGUAGCUCUCUCCCCAUUGUAUUGUGUGAUUUUCAUUUUUGUGAAGUCCAUCAUUUCACACUAAGCCAAAUUCGUAUGCUCCAAUAAUCUGACCAAACAACUGGUCUUACAGUUGUAGUUGAUCUCACAGUCACUGCAGGUCAUUAUAUUGAUUAAAUAGUUUUGUCUAAUAGGGUCCCUUAAUCUCUGAGUUACUUUGUAGGUUUAAAUUCCACCCUAAUUCCUGCCUUGUUAUGAAUCCUACGUCGAGUUAUUUUAUCGAAUGAAAUGAUCCCAUGAUAUGGAAUUAUACUCUGUUCCUACAUCAAGGGUAACUGCGUUUUCUUGUCUAGAAAUUCGCCAACAUUUUUCUCUUACUUAAGGAGAUAAAUUACUGGACAUUGCGUUCCUAGUUACUUAUUGGAUUCUACGUUGUUAUCUCUCUUUCUCUUUCUUGUGGGAAAUAGCGGGUGCAGUAUCAGUCGGUGUUGAAGGCGGUCCAACUCUCUUACAGUUUAAAAAUCUUGAACAACAAAAUGAACGAAUGAAAGGAGCACUGGUCAAGCUACGUGAUUUGGUUAAUCAAGAUAAAUCGGAAAUUUCAGCUUUAACUAAACAGAUUACAUCUUUAGAAUCAGAAGUUAGUCAACUUCAAACAGAAAAAGAACGAUUAACAAAAAAUUUAAAAGAUAGUGUUGAACAAAUUAUUGAAUUAAAAGAACAAGUGGAUGCUUACCUCGGCAUUGAUACAAUGGUCAGUCAGUUGACACAACGUAAUUUAGAACUGGAAGAAACGCUUGAGAAAAUUAAAGAAGAAAGAAAUGAUCUGGAAGCUCUUUGUGAAAUGAAUGAUGAAUUGCAAGAGAAUAGUCGUCAAACAAAACUUGAACUACUUGAAGAAAUUGAACGAGCCAACAGUCAAAUUAAUCAACUUGUACGUCACUUAGAUGCGACACGUGAAACAAUUGCAGACUAUGAACAAACUCUUGGUAAAUUUAGAGAUUUAGUCUCUGAUUUACAAACACAAAAUACUGAUCUACGUAGGUCAUUAGCGGAUGAAAAACGCCUACAGGAAGAACAACAGCAACAAAAUGCCUAUCGUACAGUUGCAACAGAUCUUGUCGGUUCUACAGCUGCAUUUAUGGGGGGUAAAUUCGGAUUAGGCUCUCAAGUACAAACUCUUGCUAAAGUAAUUGAAGCUGAAUUAAGACGCCUUGAAGCAGAACAAACUGCAAAUCAUGUGACGCGGUUAUCUGCUUUCUUACCUGACUCAUUUCUCCGAAGUGGUGGUGAUAAUGAGGCAUUACUUACACUUUUGUUAAUCGACCGACUAGCUGGGAAAUGCGAUCUGCUGGCUAAUCAUCUUGUUGAACGUUAUCCAUUGCCUCCUUGUGUUCCGGGUCAAGCACCACUACAGAUGUCUCAAGGUGAAACCAGUACUACUACUGCUGAUAAUCCAACUGAAGUUGUUUGUGGAAUUUGUAUUCCUGGUACUGAUAAUCCACUGACUAAAACACAAUCAGAAUUCUAUAGUUUUAUAACUAGACUAAUUCAUCUACUCCGGUCAAUGGCUUCUUUGUUAGGCCAGUGUAAACAAGUCCUUUCAGGUUGUAGUGUUGAACUGUAUUUGGACUUCGGUUCUUUAUAUAAUGAAAUGAUUGCACAUGAACAUUGUAUUGAUCGAUUAAUUGAACAAACAAAGAAUGAUCAGUUGGAUGAGACAAUUUCAUUGGGACCAUUAUUUUCGUCAUACAAUUACUUUAUUCAAUUAUAUACAGUUCAUUUGAAAACAGAACCGCUAUUUAAUUGUAACAAUAAAUUACUGGAUUUCACGCGAACAAUUCUAUCAGCUGUUGAUGCCUUAUCUGUUGACUCAACUGCUUUGAUGAUAUUGACCGGUCAGAAUGUUGAUUGUUUAUCACAAGUGGCUAAAACAGCUGCCACUUGUGUAUCUGGACCAUUGAGUAUGGGUAAUAUGGAUGAUGUUGGUUCGUUACUGUUAAGUAAUCCUACUGAAAGCGGUUUAAUUGGCCUCCUUAGUGAAUUAAUUCAUUUUGCUACAACUGUACGUGUUGUUACGCGUCGAAUAAAACGAAGAAUCCCGAAUAAGCCUACAGGUCAACCGUUAUCAUUUCACCAGGAUGUUUCACAGAAAUUAGAUUCAGCUAUACAAUUGUUAGGAUCAGUUGUUGGUGCUAUGUAUCAAACAACUCGUUUAGCUGGCCAGUUAACAGUUCGACAAGUUGAAGAUACAGCCAAUUUAGACCCCGGUGUUGUUUUCACUCAUUGUUUAUCAGAAGCUUGUAAAGAAUACUUAACACCAGAUGCAUUCAAUACUCGUUCCAGUGUCAUUGCACCAGAUAUAGCAAUUCGUAAUAAUUUAACUCAAGUUGCUCGUAUUAUCAGUCAAGUGGCAUUAGCAAUGGAGAAUGGAGAAUAUGACUUUGAUGGAACAAAACAAACCGCUCCUCAAGAACCAGUCUCCGCUCGUGCUGUUGCCUAUAAACGUGCUCAAGCUGAACUAGAAGGAUGUCGUUCUAAAUUAGAAUCUAAAGCUGAAGAAGUACGAGAAUUACAAAAAGCACUUAAAGCACGCGCUGAAGAACUCAGUGAAAUGUCUGUACGUGUUGGUUUAGCAGAGAAGAAAUUAGAAACAUCUUGUAAAGGUUAUGAAGAGAAAAUAGCUCGUUUAGAACAACGCUUAGAACAAUCAGAAGCUCAAUUAAAACGAAGCGAAAAGAAAUUUGAACAAACCCUUGAUGCACUUCGAGCGGAUAUCGAAGCUUUAGAGCAUGAGAAAGCAGAACUUGAAGAGAAAUUGGAGACUUUAAGUAAAAAUGCCGUAUUUGAAGGAAUCAAUAAAACUCCAUUGGUCACUGAUCAAACUGCAUCUAAGGGUCAGACUGCUACACCUGAAACUCCUUCAGUUGGUAAACAAACUUCUGUUGAGGGUGCAUCACCUUCACCUGGUCCUGCACGUCUAGCUGCCUACAGAGAUGCUUCAUUCAUGUCAAUGGAGAUUAAAGGCCUUCGCGAAGCUGUCCGACGUUUGUCUUCUGAGGUAUCUAAGCUACGUGGUGAAAAAAUGUUUGUGAGUUUACUAAAUUUUGUUUUUCUUCUAACGGAUAAAUGAUAAACUAUGUGUAGUACAUUAAUACUCCUCUCUGAAAUAUACACAGAUGUCCUCAAAGUUGUGGAUUCUGUAAAAAUUACGAAGAAAUCUCUGGUAGCCACCUACCUCACAAUAACCGAAGCUCUUUAUUCUUAUCAAAAUAUUGUUGAGCUUAUGAUUUUCGGGUUGUUUUUCUCAUUCUUUUACGUUCCCAGUGGAACAUACAGUUACAAGCAUGAGCUUUGAAGUUUCAGGAGCAGUAGCGUUGUUUUUACAAAACAGAGUGGCUAGCCGAACACCCAACCCUCCCACUUUAUCGAGCUUACUACCGGCUAAAUGAG